AUGGGUAAUGACGGUGGAAGUAUCCCAACCCGCCGCGAGCUAGUCCGCGAAGCCGCCCGCGAGCCCACCACAGCGCAAAUCAAAGAAGCCCAGCGCGAACAGCAAGAGCAUAGCUGGACGACAUGCCCGCUCUCACACAAGGCUCUAGCACGCCCGGUAGUCUCAGACAGUGUUGGAAACUUAUACAAUAAAGACGCCGUGCUACAAUUCUUACUCCCCGGCGACGAUGGCGAGGGCAUCAGCUCCAAGUCCGAUUGCGAGGAGGUUCUAUGUGGACGAGUGAAAGGUCUACGGGAUGUUGUCGAGCUUCACUUUGAAAUCGACACCGAACUGAGUGAGCAUCCUUCCGACCGCGCCAAUGCGCACCGUCACCAGCGCCGCGAGGGCUGGAUCUGCCCGAUUACCGCGAAGCCGUUGGGUCCUAGUGUGAAAUCUGUCUACCUUGUGCCGUGCGGCCAUGUCUUUGCCGAGGAGGCUAUCCGACAGCUAAAGGGGGACAAAUGCUUGCAGUGCAACGAGUCCUACACCGAAGACAAUAUUAUCCCCAUUCUCCCCACGAAAGAGGCCGAUAAAGAGCGUCUUAUGGCCCGCGGCGCCAAACUCGCCGAGCAAGGCCUCACCCACUCUCUCAAGAAAGCCCCCGGCUCGAAGAAGCGCAAGAAGCAUGCUGAAAGCUCGACGGAUGCGCCCAACAGUACCGCCGCAGUCGCCACUUCCACGUCAGCGUCAAAAUCAAAUGGAGCUGGCAAUGGUAUUAAGAACUCUGCGACAGCCUCGCUCACGGCGCGUGUGCUGAAUGAGGAGAACGAGAAAAAGAAGAAGCGCAAGAUGAUGGGUCAUAAUGAGAAUCUUGAUAGUUUGUUCACGAAGGAUAAGAAGGAUGGCGCAAAGAGGGACUUUAUGACUCGUGGAUUCUCUAUUCCUGCUUCGGCGAGGAGAUAG